GUCGUAUUGACGUUUUCCAUUUCGGGUGGCAUUGGGCACUUGCGUAAAUUAUUCGUCCACAUUUGCCUGAUUUUUAUAACUUGCAACAAACAAUAGAAUCAAAUUUUACUUUUAUUAACGCUUAACUAUAAUGUGAAACUGUGUUAGAAGUGAAAAUUUUGCGGCAAUAAUAUUUUCUGAUUGUGAAAAGAAGAAACCAGAAAUUAACAUGUCGACAAAUUAUUCCGCAGCAGAUCAAUUUAACGACGCGUAUGAACCAACGAGAUUAGGAAAUUGGGAGGUUCCAAAAUGGUAUCCACCGGGGCCAUUACCCCGGCAGGGGAAAACCACUGUCAUAUCCAAUCCUGUGGGGCAUUUACUGCCUGGAUUUCCGCGGACGAAAAAUUCAUGGGGGCAGUAUUUGGAGACAUGGGAUAUGCCGAAAGUUAUCACGAGAAAAAUCGCAAAGGAAUUAAGUGCCCCUGCACAAUGUCGUGUUGAUGUCUACAACAAACGUCUGAAGAACUUUGAAUCUUCCCAAAAUCGCCGCCGUAAAAUCCCCGAAAUUCCAUCAACAUUUAAUGAAACUAAACCGGAAGAAACAAAAGUAACCGAGAAUGUACACCAAAUUAAACGUUGCCCUUGUUUAGGAGAUUGUACAUGCCUGCAUAAACGAACGCCUGUUACUCAAAAUACUCAUGAUGAAGAAGAUGUUGAGGAACAUCAAUUGAAACCAUUCCAAGCAGAGCAGGAUCCGGAACGUUGCAAAGAGGAAAAGUAUGUACCCGGUGAUCUUACAGAAGAUCAUCACAAAUUAGAUACAUUUCCACAGUUGGAAAAAGAUCUUACUACACAAACCACACUUAAAACACAUCCUGAACAGAUUGACCCCUUGGAAACAUUGAAUAAUCCACCAGAAGAAAUGAAACAAAACGAAGAAUUAACGCCAUUUCAACAGAAAAUUAGCAAUCAUGAAAAUAAUACUCCACACCCCGAAGAGGUAAUUACACAUAAAAUGCAUGAAACCACGGAUUUUGUUGCUGAAAAUGAACAAACAAAUCCCACUCAGCUCGAUGAUGGAAUAAGAGGUUCGAAAAUGAAUGUAUCAAGGUGCUCAUCAAGUAAAUCAUCAAAAAACACAACGAAUUACUGCUAUCAACACGAAAUGUACAAAAAACAUCCGCGUGAAUUGAAAAGUUACGUCGAAACUUUGAGAAACUUUGAACUUGCUCGAGAACUACAUAAAGUGAAUCUUGAGCAUGAACCAUUACCAGACAUGGUGCCUAAAGAGUUUUUUGUGCAGUUGGAUAAAAGGCAAGUGCCACCAAUACGAGAGAAAUCAGCUACAGCUAUUGGUUGGAAGGGAUAUAAAGGUUUUGGUGCAACAAGAUGCACAAAACUAAAAGUAUUCCGUCCAACAACAAGCCCCGAAAUGAGAAAAUUCGAAGAACGACAGGAUAGUAUUUGUAGUUUUGAUAAAAAGUGGAGGUUUAUAAAGCAGAACAAAGUGAAUCCUAUGGACUUGGCAAUUUGUUGGGACUUAACACCAGAAAAUCCAGCGGAUGAACCACGAAAAGCGAAGCAUAUUGAUGGAUCCAAUGGAAGUAUUGCUCCAGGAGUGUUUUCUAUGGUGGAAACACCAAAAAACAAAGAUUUAAAUGAAAGGAAUGAACCUGUCAGUGGUCGCAAUCCACCAGCUGUGUUUGCUGCAAUUUCUCAGCCAACUGAAAUCAGUAAAAUUGGAGAUUUUCACGUUUCACGACCACAUACAAGCAAAUCAACAACAAAUUUGAAUCAUACUUGUUGUGAAGGCCAUUCAGAUGAAUUUUUAAAGCGCGCACAAUCUGCAUAUCAUAUUAAUGCAAAUAACGAUUAUAAAAAACCAAAAAAGAGAGGUUCUAAAGAUUCCAAAUCAACGAGUUCGAAUAUUUGCCAGAAACUUUGUUGCAGUGGUAAAAUAUUCAAUCAACGUUUAUGUGUGGCUUGUGAGUUGAAAUCUUUACCAGAAAAAGAAGAAAAAGGAAAACCGGAGUUCAAACAAGCGCUUAAAGCUGGUGUACCUAAUAGUAAAUCGAGCAGUGGUUCAACACACAGUUCCCAGGCGCAAAUUAAAGUCCCAAAACAAAAAAUACCGUAUACGAAAAAAUGUUACGCAAUUAGGAGUUUAUCAGCACCGUUUUCUUUGAAUAAAGUUAGGGAUCGCGAAGAUUAUCCUGAGCACUGGAGACUAGCUAGUGUGUACCAACAUUCAUAUAAACCUAUUCAUAUGAGAAAGAAAUCAUUAUUAGCUAGUAUAUUUCAGUAAAAUAAAGCCAUCAGUCAUUAUUUUAAAGCUACUUCAGUUUCCUUCAGUUGCUUAGUUUAAAACAUUGUAAAUUGUAUACAAAAUACAUUGUUACAAAUAAAGCUUUCAAAUUAA